CAACGUACUCUCUGUUUUCGCCUUUCGCUCAGGCGACCGUACAAAUUUUGCGUCGCAGACAUGGUCGCCUCGACUGGUGCAUGUUGCAACGUCUUUAAUAUUUAAAUAGUUUAAUAUUAGUAUGAAGCUUUCGAAAUAAUGGACUCGUACACACAAUUGUGUUACGCGGGACAAGUUCAUUGAUUUUUAUGUGACAUUAUGUGUUAUGUGUCAAUUUAUAUUACCAAAUUGUUUCUAAUAAACAGUGAAAGAAUAUGAUUAAUUAUUCAGUGUGUGCUAGUGGUUUAAUGUUCAGUAAUAAUUGUAAGGUCUGUUAUAAUCAUGCUGCGGCGUCGAGGUACUUAUACGGUGAAUGCUGAUUCUGGAAUACGUCAUGGACAUACUAAGACUACGGAGCUAACUACAGCUGUAACUAACAGAGUUGGCGACGUGGAUACACCUAAAAAGACCGAGCUGGCUUCGGAAAAGAAAACUGCCGCCUCGCAUCGCAAGGACGGCUCGAAGGUGACUACUGUGGUAGCGACGCCGGGGCAAGGCCCCGACAGGCCGCAGGAGGUGAGCUAUGCCGACAUGAAGCUCAUCGGUAACGGCAGCUUCGGCGUCGUCUACCAGGCCAAGCUGUGCGACACUGGCGAGCUCAUUGCCAUCAAGAAGGUGCUCCAGGACAAAAGGUUUAAGAAUCGUGAGCUGCAAAUCAUGCGACGACUGGAGCACUGUAAUAUCGUCAAGUUGAAAUUCUUCUUUUACUCAAGCGGAGAAAGGGUGGCAGUGCCCGACGCAGUUAGCUCUCUGCUAAACGCAAUGCAGUCUCUAGAAGUCGCAAAAGAUGAAGUGUACCUGAAUUUGGUGCUGGAGUACAUACCAGAGACAGUGUACAAAGUUGCACGUCAUUACGCCAAAGAUGAACAAACCAUACCCAUUAGUUUUAUAAAGCUGUACAUGUACCAGUUGUUCCGAAGCCUCGCGUACAUCCACUCGCUGGGCAUCUGCCACCGGGACAUCAAGCCGCAGAACCUGCUGCUGGACCCCAAGACGGGCGUGCUGAAGCUGUGCGACUUCGGCUCGGCCAAGCACCUCGUGCGCAGCGAGCCCAACGUGUCCUACAUCUGCUCGCGGUACUACCGCGCGCCGGAACUCAUCUUUGGCGCAAUAGACUAUACUACGAAAAUUGACGUAUGGAGUGCAGGCUGCGUCGUCGCAGAACUGUUGCUCGGACAGCCGAUAUUCCCCGGAGAUUCCGGUGUGGACCAGCUCGUUGAAAUUAUCAAGGUUCUAGGUACUCCAACUCGAGAACAAAUACGCGAAAUGAAUCCGAACUACACAGAAUUCAAGUUUCCACAUAUCAAAAGUCAUCCAUGGGCAAAGUUAAUGUUGGAGAGACUGACGAUGCCCAAGUCUGCCACUGACCAUCAGCGUAUACGAGUGUUCCGCGCGUGCACGCCGCCGGACGCCAUCUCGCUGGUGUCGCGCCUGCUGGAGUACACGCCGGGCGCGCGCCUGUCGCCGCUGCAGGCGUGCGCGCACAGCUUCUUCGACGAGCUGCGCGAGCCCAACGCGCGCCUGCCCAACGGCCGCCCGCUGCCGCCGCUCUUCAACUUCACGGAGUACGAGCUGGCCAUCCAGCCCUCGCUCAACGACUUCCUCAAGCCGCGCGCCGCGCCCGCGCCCGACGCGCAGGCGCCCGCCGCGCCCGUGGCCGGCGCCGCGCCCGAGCACGACGCGCCAGGCGAGAACGCGGCGAGCGGGCCCAGCGGCGGGUCCCCGGCCGCGUCGUAGGCGGCGCCCGCGCCGCGCCCCGCUCCGCUUCGUCCCGCAUCCGACGGACUCUCGUACCCCUCGCCCCCCGUACACGUAGAGUCCUCCGCCCGCCCCGCCGAGACGCCCCGAUGCGACGGCCCGCGUCACUCGAG